UGAUACGAUUUUAGACCACCAAAAGAGGUCGACUGAUGUGAAUGUACGACGCUUGAAGAACAAAUUGGGUGGAUGAUUUUGGACUUCAAAUGAGUAAAAACAUGUUAACUACUUAACUACAGUAUCAGCCACCCAAUCAGAUCAUCGGAUUCCCUGUCGCCAAGUACCAACACCAACACCAACACCAACACAAUCAAUAAUUCAAUCCGAUUAACCAUGGCGUCUUCGCUGAUUCACUCCACAAUUACAUCCUCCAAUGCUUGCCCACAAUCUGCUUUCCCAACUCUAAACAAGGUCGUUGGUUUCAAGCAUAGCCAUAUCCUCUUUCCCAAAAGAAGAAGACCCCUCAUUCUCUUGGCCUCCAUUGACGAAAAAGUUCCCACUUCGGACUCAACUACACCGUCGUUUCCCGGGUUUGAUCUUCCCGAAGUUCCCGAUCUAACGAAGGGCGAUACACUCAAGUCUUUGAAGCUUAAAUUACUGAGUUCUGUUUCUGGGCUUAACAGAGGGCUUGCUGCAAGUGAAGAUGAUUUGAAGAAGGCAGAUUCUGCAGCCAAAGAAAUCGAAAAAGUUGGAGGACCUGUUGAUCUCACAGCUGAUCUUGACAAACUUCAAGGAAAAUGGAAACUGAUAUACAGCAGUGCAUUCUCCUCUAGAACCCUAGGUGGAAGCCGCCCUGGGCCGUCACUAGGCAGGCUACUUCCGAUAACUCUUGGCCAGGUAUUUCAACGUAUUGAUACCUUGAGUAAAGAUUUCGAUAACAUAGUGGAGCUUCAACUUGGUGCUCCAUGGCCACUUGAACCAGUGGAAGUGACUGCUACAUUAGCCCAUAAAUUUGAGAUCAUAGGAUCUUCUACGAUUAAAAUCAUAUUCGAGAAAACAACUGUAAAGACAACAGGAAAUUUAUCACAGCUGCCUCCACUUGAGGUACCCCAGCUACCCGAACAAUUUAGGCCAUCGACCAAUAGAGGAAGUGGUGAUUUUGAAGUUACUUACCUUGAUUCGGAUCUUCGUGUUACAAGAGGUGAUAGGGGUGAACUUAGAGUGUUUGUGGUUGCAUAAAUAGUUUAUACAUUUUGUCUAUACAAACUUUAUACUGUGAUUUAUGGCACAAAAUAGUGAAAUACAAUAUAUUCAGAGUGUUUAAUAUUAAAAA